AUGAUAAAUACAUUAGAAAGUCUGGCAAAUGAAAUUCUUCUUAAUAUAUUAUCGAAUUUAACAUGGUUUGAAAUGAUAGAAUCAUUUUGGUCAAUUAAUAAACGAUUUAAUUCUCUUGUUUGUUCAAUAUUUUCAAUAAAUUAUGGUAGAAAUAAAAGUGGAAUUAUUAUUAGUGAAACAGAUUUAUCUUUAAAUAAAUAUCAAUCAAUAUUAUUGUCAAUAAUUUCUAAUUCAACUCUUUCUAUUUCUAUACAACGAAUUUAUAUUGAUGGAGCAAAAUCAGUUUUUUUUUAUCUUAUAUCUGAAUGGAUUUUUCAAGAAAAUCUUAUUUGUUUUAUUAAUUUGAAAUCACUUAUUCUAACUCGAUGUUAUCUAUCAGAAAUCUUAAUUAAUAAUUUAUCUUUACUUGUUCAAUAUCAAUUAGAUGAAUUAAUUUUAACAAUUGAUGAAGAUAGUCUUGAAAUGUUUUACUAUGAAUACGAUUCUGGCAAGAAUGCUCGUGAUCAAGUUCAAAAAUUGAGAGUCAUGUAUCAAGAAUUCAUACGUCAACUUUUUUCAUCUAAAUGUCAAUUAACCUCGCUUCAACUUGAUAUUUCACAAGACAAUGAUGUUUUUCAAAUACAUAAAUGUCUUUCAUCAUCAUCUUCUGAUAUUUAUUCAAAUCAAAUCGACAAUCAACUUGUUACUAAUUGUAUGAGUCUUCGUCGUUUACACAUUCAUGUUAUUUAUGGUUAUUUUAUUGAACAUAUUAUUGAACAUGUACCUUCUCUUGAAAUUCUUUCAGUUGUAAUUGGAGAUUCAUUAGCCCAAGAACAAUUAUAUCAUAUGAAGAUUAAAAAGUUCUCGUCAACUAUUGUCAAUUGGUAUGAUAAGGUAAAAUAA